AAAAGAAGAAAUCCACAAGCAUAUAAUAUCACUUUUAUAGAUGAGACAUUGUUUUCAACCCCCCAAAAAAAAGUCUCAAAAUGAAAGAUGACUUACUUUCAAAAAGUUGUUCCAACCUAUGGUAAUUAUUUGCCUGAUAUGAGGUCUCCAAUUCAAAUAUCUUUCCUACAAAUGUUUCAACCUAUGGAUGAGUAAUUAUUCCUUCCGUCAUUCUGAAAAAGUAAAGGCGGUAUACUUUUAAAUAUGGGAGAUUCUCUCAUGUUUUUGGUGCAAAGGAGGUUAAAAAGAAGGGAAAAGAAAAUGAUAUAUUCUCUCAUCCUGUGUUUGAGAGAUUAUGCAUUUUGCCAUGAAAGCUCCAAGUACUCAAAAAUUAGUGGACCUUUUCUAGAGCAUCACAUUCAGAAAUUCAGAGAUAAAUUCUCACUGUCUGGACGGCAUAUAAUGAAGCACACGCGUUGAGUGCAUCGACUUUAUGCGUUCUAUUUGUCUUUGGGAUCAAAUGACGAGAAUCUUUACUUCUUUUCUUCAUCCAUAUAUAUACAGUUCAUUUCUUUCAAGUUUCACACACACAUUUGUUUGUGUGUUUAAGCCCAAAGCCUUAACAGAUAAACAAAAAGACUUCCAAAUUAAGAUAGUCAUCACACCACAAACUACCAUCUCAUCUGACUGUAAAAUCAUUUUGAUGUGUGGUUGACAUUCAUAGUCUCUCAAGUACAAAACCUUCCAAAUAUCUGAUAAUGACAAAACAUUACUGCUAGGCAUCAAUUUGACGUACUUGAACUUGAAGUAACUAAGAUGGGAGGUGGAAAGGACAAACAACAUGAGUCUACUGACAAAGGGUUAUUUUCAUUUGAUGGUGGAUUUGGUGCUGGACACUAUCCUGGAUCAUACCCUCCGCAAGGAUAUGGAUAUCCCCCACAAGCACAUCAUGGAUAUCCUUCCUCCGGUGGGUAUCCUCCACCUGGAUAUCCUUCCAAUGGGGGAUAUCCACCAGCCGCCUAUCCAAGUGGAUAUCCCCCAGCCGGUUAUCCAGGUCACCCAGGUCCAUAUCAUUCAGGAUAUGGAUCUAGCAUGGGACUGGGAGGGAUGUUAGCUGGGGGUGUUGCUGCAUACGGGGCCAACCAUCUUGCGCAUGGGCGCCAUAACCCUGGAUAUGGUUACGGGGGUUACCAGGGCUAUGGGGGUUCUCAUGGGAAGUUCAAACAUGGCAAAUUUAAGGGAAAGGGGUAUGGCAAGCCCUUUGGGGGCAAGUUCAAGAAAUGGAAGUGAUCAUGGAGUGGAUCCAGGCAACAUAUCAUGGUCGGUUCAAGAUCUGAGUCUAUAAAUAAUCUUAUACUUUAAAUGGCUUUCUAAUAAUUACGACAGCCAUGCUGUUUCGGGUUGUCUUCUUGUUUCUUUAAAUAAUGCUAUAUACUGUAUAUGUCGUGUAAUUUAGUUGUUUUUGUUCCUUUGAGAAGGCUAGUGGAAUGCUUCUUUAGGCAAUUGUUUUGGCAGCUACUUAUAUGAUGAAUGCCUCAAAGGCCCGAAUGCAUUGGCCUAAAUUGAUAAAUUAAAUAGGGUGCACAGCCCUGUAUUUAUUAAAGACGUAUUUUGUGUUCGGGCGG